UUGUUCAUUAUCCUUUAUCUUGGUGAAAAUUAAUCAAUCGCCGCCUUCCUUUUUCCUUCUCCUCGUAUCUCGACUGGAAUCAUACAAACAUAAACACCGGAAGUUCAAAUAACAACCAAAGGCUUUUUUGUGCAUCCAAGAUAUCGAAAUAUCGAAAUACACUGUCGCAUUAUUUCGAAUACCUUCAUCAUUACACUGCGACAAUCAAUUAUCCACCCUCUUAAGCUGUUUUGAAGCUACUUUGCGCGCAUUCAGCACACGCGACCGAUUCUUUUGAAAUUUGAAGCUUUAAGCUUGUCCCGGUUGUCAACAAAAGCAAAGCAAAACGAAGCAAAGCGAAGCAAAUAUCGCGACUUCAUUCUUGUGUAUUUGGGCAGGAUUACAAAGCUUCUGAUAGCUUUUCAUUUCUCUUCUACAUAUUUGCCCUUUUAUCAGCAAACUCCAUAGCUUGUUCGUAGAGCCAGUGAUCGCGUGAAAUCAAUUCAUCAACGCGUACUUUGAAAUCAGCUCCAGAGCGCAUAUUCAUUCAUCCCUUGUAAUAAUCACAUUCGCCUCCACAAGAGUUCUGAAUCUUCGUAUCAUUGAUAAUAUCCUUCAUUAUGGCUGGUAAGUAAUGGCAACUUCUUCGCAGGCCACCCCCAUUUGCUUUGCACAAGGAAUGGACAUAUGCUCUCCCAAAGUAUCAUCAUACCAGGUAACUAACAAGGAUUGUACAGACGUUAGGAAGUCGUCGCGAGCGACAAAAGGACAACAUCCGAAAGCUCAUGAGCUUGACCAACCUAUCGAAACUAAAAAGAAAGGGAAGAAAGGUGGAAAGAAGACGGCUGUUCAGGAAGAAGAAGAAGUUGAGGUUAUUCGCUGUGUCUGUGGAGUUACUUCGACUACGGACGAUGAUGAAGCUGCUUGGAUCGCUUGCGACAAUUGUGCUGUCUGGCAACAUAAUGUCUGUGUGGGAGUAAGCCCAUAUGAGGAAGAUACACCAGAUAAAUACCUUUGCGAACAAUGUGCGCCAGAUGCCCACAAGGAACUUCUAGAUGGAAUUGCUCGAGGUGAACAACCUUGGAUCGCAAGACAAGAGAAGCAUGAAGAGGAAAAGGCAGAGCAGGAGAGACAAGAUGCAGAGGAAGCGGCAAGGAAGAAGGGAAAGAAAGGGAAGAAAAGAUCAAGUGACCAAAAAAGCGAUGUAACUCCUGCAAAUGGAAAAAUACAAUCCCCUCCAAUUCCUGCCAAGAAAGAACCUCAGAGGGAGUCGCCUGCGAAGAUUUCCAACCAAAAACGAAAGGCAAGAGAUGAUGAACUUCAAGAUAAAGAGGCUAUCAAAGUGAGUCUUGGACGUGAUUGAAUAGAUUGAUUAUACUGACCUUAUCCUAGGAAUCAUCAUCAAAAGUUCGCAAAACGUUGUCUCGUCCUACACCUAGAGCAUCUCCACCGUCAGAUUUACCCUCCAAAAUUACGGAACUGGAAGCCGAGCAACAAGGUCAGGCAACGUUGAUCAAGAAAGGUUUACUUCAAGCCAUUCCACAUGCUAUUGAAGAACGUUAUUAUACCUUACGACCUGACGAUACCAUUGAUGCCAAGGCAGAACGACUUGCUAUUCAAAUAGAAGAAGCCGUUCGUAGCACGCACCCAAAUAAGUCAGCCUCCAUCAAACAAAUACGCUCGAUAUUUUCCAAUUUAAAGCAAAAUCAAGAACUUUGUAAUGGUUUAUUGUCACAGUCAUUAACACCCCAGGCCUUAGCGGUCAUGACGACUGAUGAUAUGGCGAGUAAUGAGUUGAAACGUGAGACAGCAAUUAUGAAGGCGCGAGCUGAUAAACAAUCGAUCAUGAUUACGGAUGAUGGUCCUCGAAUUCGCAGAACUCACAAGGGCGAGGAAAUUAUCGAAGGAGACAGCAACCCUAACGAGUACUCCGAUAUUCCAAUGUCUGCAGCACGUCGGCGAGAAAUGUUGGAUCCGAAUUCUGGUAUGGGUGAUAGAUCUAGGUCUCGCUCACCUGAAAACGAGGUUGAAGUGCCAGAAAUUCCUGAGGACUAUUCAUCUCGAGAUAAAGGUCGCACUUCAUCCACACCUAGAACACCUUUAAAUAUUGAUACCAAGCAACCAGCUUUGAGAAAGGGUUCCACACAAGGUUCAGCAACAGGAAAUUUUGAUAUCAACAAAGUCUUCUCCAGUGUUCAAUCUCCUCAUCCUUCUUCCAACAAACAGCGUGGCAUGGAUCAUUACAGAAGAAUGUCUGGAAACGCACCGCCUGCGAAUGGACCUGGAGAUGACCCUGAUGUUGACAAGAUGCUUCAAGAUGAUAACGAGUCCCCACCUUACUCUCCAGUUGAAGACAAUCCAGAUCCGGAAAUUGUUUGGAGAGGUACAGUAAGCAUGGAUUCUGUAGCAAAGUUCUCGGCAUAUGCCAAACAAGUUGCUGGUCCCGAUUUGAGUCGCAAUCGCAUGCAAACACCAUGGUCUGAGCUUCUUCACAAAGAUUUGAAAGUUCAUGGUAGGAUUGAUGCUGAUAAAGCCAAUGAAUAUUUAUGUGGUCUUCGGUAUAGUCCACCGUCUGAUGUGGUCAUCAUCAACAUCACACCAACGUCUACUUCAUCAGAUUUCCUUGAUUUGUAUAGUUACUUUCAUGACAAGAAACGUUAUGGAGUACUUACUAACAAAGGUCUCGGAAAUGUACGCGAUACAUAUUUAGUUCCAGUCCCUCCUGGACCUGGCAAUAUCCCUGAUUUCGUCGUCAAUCUUUUAGAACACAACUUGCCAGAAGAGAGACCAGAGCCUUCGUUACUAGUAACCUUGGUUGUUCGCAAUGGAUGGGAACAACCUUCAAGGGUUCAAUCCUUUGAUGGUUCAGCUGAUCCUCAUAGCCCCCUUACAGCUGGUGGGAUUGCUCAACGACAAAUGUCAAUAAAUCAUUCGGGUCCAGCUAUGUCUCCUAGUCCUGUAGUUCCUCAAGGUGGUUUUCACCCUUCGACUCCGAUUGGAAAACCUGAUGAAAGAUAUCAACAACAGAAUGCAGAAGAACAAAGACGAAUUGCACAAGCUGAAGGUGAAGCUGUUGCCCUAAGGAUAUUGGGCGAGUAUGCGAGAGCUCCAACCGUUAGUUUCUUGAUGCCACAAGCUUACCAAAUGAGAGAUUUGGAGUGGCAAGCUAUUAGGAGUAUUUUGGAAAGAGAUGAAAAGGCACAGAAUGAUUUAAAGCACUUGAGUGAAGUUCUGGCUAGGACUGGACCUGCGUAGUUAUCAUGAUGUAAUGCACUUUAUUGAACGAGAGGAAUAGAGUGGAUGGUAGUCGGAUCAACUGGUGGUGGGGGAAGGAUACAUUGUAUUGGCGUUUCGGAUGCAAAAUCAUGGAUUAUGUGGAAUAUUUUUUCAAUUUCCAUGUAUAAGUUUUCCUUUCCUUUUCUUUUCCUAACCUUUACUUUUCCAACCUUUGAUUCUUGGCUAAAAAAAGUACAAAUGUAAUACUUUGGAAUGCGGCGGCAUACUUUUCGUAGCUUUCGUAAGUCGAGUCGUAUUACCUAU